AUGCCGAAGCAGUCACGGAAAACAAGUCUUUCCACUGUUUCGCGAGCAGAAAAUGAGCCAGAAAAUAGGCGAAGAGCAAAACGUCCUAUGCUGUUUAACGGAAAUGAUGACAUGGCCAGAGAUGCUGAUCUGGGCCACACUCUGAACAUAACCCUGGACAGUGACGAUCUCUUCGAAUCAUCUGGAGAAGCCAGUGCAGAUUUUCGGCUAAACAUGUCGUUGGAUGAUGUCGGAUGUGAGGAAAAGGACAGAUCACAGAAAAAAAUUAACGUGGAUGUAACCCUCGAUUUUCCAUCUGGACAGCGCCACAAGCGAGUGCCCGAUGAUGUGUCAGGUAUUGUGAAAAACUUCGCAAUAAGUAAUUUCAAGGCAGCCGUUCAUUUGAUUUUUAAGUGCAAGGAACUGAAGACUUUCAUAGAAGAAGCCUUAAAAUCAGCUAUUUCCGGUGAACUGAAGGAAUAUUGUCAAUCAGACAAUUCUCUUUUGAAGCAUACUUCGCCAGCAGAAUUAGCCGCGUUUUCUAAUAAGUUAGUUUGCCACGCAGUGUCAGUGAUGUGUCCCCUCUGGAAUGCCGCCCUGAGAGCUGCAGCUGGUUGCCACAGAUCCAAGGUCAAGUCUUACAAGGCUGUAAAUGUUCUGGUACUUUGCUCUGCUUCUGUGGCCAAAUUUAGGCAUCAGAGAAUGUUGGCCCUUGCCUACAGAAUUUCCGUGAUCCUGUUACAUAGUGGUGCCAAGAGCCAGGAUUUCACCCGCCUUAAUUGUCUUGGAAUUAGUAUGUCCCAUAAAUCGACCAUCGCAAAGCAGCAAGAAAUGGCUAAGGAGCACGACUCGCUGGUUCUCACGUGGAAAAAUAAGAUUGAAACCGCCAAGAGAUGCGAAAGUCUUCUUCAAGAAGUAAAAGAAAAACAAAUACCAGUGCCAGUGGAAACCAGUGAUGAAAAUGAUAUGGAAAUCGAUGUGUAUGAUUUGAACCAGUCAACCCUGGCUUCUUAUGAUUUUUUCUGUCAAGAAUCAUAUGAGAUCUGCAAAGGUAUGCUUGCGUAUUCACCAACUGCCUCCCCUUCUGCUCUUGAAGUGGCUGUUUCUUCUGCAGCAGAUAAAUUCAGAUUACUUCCAAGAUAUAGGCGAGUUGGAUUAUUACAUUAGUAAUAUUAGUUUGAGAUCUGUGCAAGAUUUUUAAGUGGGUCAAUAAUGUUUUUAUGGCAACUGAAAUGACAGUACUGCAUAUAAGAGAUCACCAAAGGCACUCAGUUCAGGGUCUGGAAGGGGGGGUCCUAAUCCCGCAUUCCCGCCCCUUUUUCGCGAGAAUCCCGCAUCCCGCACCUUUUUCAUCAGUUUCCCAAAUCCCGCUUUUCUUUCCCAGAAAAAUACAUUAAAAAGUCUAAUUUCUACAAAAGCUAAUAAAUGUAAGAUGUGGGUUGAUCCUUUCGAUUGAUAUUUUGAAUUUACGCGUGUUUUUAAAGGCUUCUGCAAAAAGAAAUAGCUUUUUGUACCUCAGUAUGAAGAAAGAGCACGAUAUGAAAGCGUGAUCUGUCGUCCUGUACGCGUGCGGACUGUCCUUGAUUGCAAGUUUACAGGAACAGCCUCGACUGUGUCUUCUUCAUGGGUGGCACUGUCUUCUUCUUCUUCUGCUGGAGUCAGAAUCAUUCUCUGACAGCUGGUCACCAAUGUCAUCAGCUGAACUGGGAUCUUCGGUGACUCAGUCGCCAACAGGUAGCUCUUUCCUAUACAUGUUUAGAGGAAGAGUCCCUGCUGCAUGUUUGGUGUUGUUCUGACGAACUGAGAGCUGUCUCACGGCUUUGCCAUGCUCGCUGGUCCACUGGCGCGUGUAGAUUAUAAUAAAAGUGAGGCUGCCGAAGAGACUGAAGAGCUUAAUUAAGCAAUAUAUCGAGUCAAUAACCGGUAUGUUAUGACACCAAGUGCACUUUUCUGGCAUCUGAUUGAAACAAAAUACUCUCUGGAAAUUAACCAUUAAGACCUAUUAACCAGACACUCCAUAGGGUGUUUGGUUUGAAAGGAGACACCACUUAGCGCUCACCUGGUUGAUUCACUUUGGCUGCUAGAACCGGUGGGUUGUGACGGUUUCCUGCAUUCCCGACAGACACGCAAACAUAAAUCCCGCAUCCGUGCCCCAUUUUUGGCGAGUCCCGCGGGGAACAGUCAAAUCCCGGAUCCCGUCAAUAUAUUUAUCGUUUUCCCGAUUCCCGCACCGUAUUUUGGUCAAAUCCUGAAUCCCGAAAAUACCCUUCCAGACCCUGUCAGUUGGCCACUCACGUGGCACGCUAAUUAUUUACUCUUGUUGGAAAUGUGUGGGAUUUCUUUAGGAUACCAGAAGUCAAUUGACUCAGUAGACAAUAAAAAUAAUAAAACAGGGGUUUUUUUUAGGUUCAGGGCACCCUGCAUAAGACGUUGUUAAGAUAAGAAAGCUCUUAAUUAAUGUUCUGGAAAAAUAACCUAUUAAUAUGGAACAAAACUUAUGAGUUCCCAUAACCAAAAAAUGUAUUAUACAACCCAGCCCAGUCCCUUGUAUGGGGACUUUAAGUGGGUUUAAGGUUAAGUGGCGGCCAAUUAAUCACAUGUUCAAGAUCAAAAAACCCUGUCAUUUUAAAAAAAAGUUAUUAAUGGAAGAGCACCACAAUGCCAAAUUAGAAGUUUGGACUCUCUUUGGUUUGAGGACAAUCACUAUUCCACAAGAACAAAAACAUCAUACCACUGACCCAGAACUGAAACAAUGAGGAGAACAUUUUUCUAUUCCUCCAUAAACUAAUUCAAUGCAUAACCUAGAACCAACCACCUCAAUAUAUUUAAAUAUACUGUCACUUUAGA